AUGUCUCCCCUUAAAACUAAGCCAUGGUACCCCUCCCUAUUUGUUUACAAGCAUUUCGAGCCCAACAGCAAUAUGAACGGAUAUCCCUGGACUGUAGAGUUCGGAAUCAGAACUCUUGAAGAUGGCAACCUGGAGAUUUGGGCGAAUGAUUCAAUCGACACGGGAUUACACUGUCUCAGACCCAUUGAUCUAGCAACUAGCUCGUGGGAGGCGGUCCACAAGACUUUCAGUAGAAUGCCUCCCAAGCUCAGGAAUUACGUUUGCCUCCAAAUCAGUAUCCUCAAUCAUCAUCUGGAGAAUUGGUGA